UCAUAUAUAAAAUGAGAACUAUUGUAGAGAGUCAAUAUCAGUCGCAAUUGUUCUGUUAAGAUUUACGUAUUAAGAAUAAUUAUAAAGAAGAUUAUACUCCAGCAUCUGUAACAUCUCAACUGUUAAAAUCAAUUUUUCUGAUUAGAAAAGAAAAAUGAUAUUCCCAAGUUUGUUCUUGCUAGUGGCUGGAGCUGGACUAACAACUUUUUUUGUUAAUAAGAAUAAUAAUAAAAAACAUUCUACUCCAGUACCUGUAACACCUCAACUGAUAAAGAAUGAAAAAAAAUAUAAUGAAAUUAUUAUUGAUAGAAUAGUUAAUAGUACCAACAAGCCAGAGUCUAAAAUCUCUGCACAAAGGAAAGAGGAAUUAUUUAAUCCAAUAAUUGACAGUCGAAUGAACAUAGAAACGAAUAAAAUGACAACAUCUGAAAGUGAAUUUGUUCAAGGUUUGACAACAAGUAGAAUUAUGUCUGAAAGUGAAAAACGUAAGCACUUACCUUUAGGUAUGGAGUCUAAAGCAAAUAAUCAACCCAAUUCUAAUUUAAAAAAUUUGGAUUUUGGUGUCAAAAAUGCAGCUGAAGAAGCAGUACCUGAAUCUGUAACUUUAGAAUCUUUAAUUAUUAGUACUCUACUUCCAGAAGGUACGAAACAACCUUUGGGUACGGAGUCUGAAGGCAAUAAUAAAUCUAAUCCUAAUUUAGAAAAUACAGAAUUUGAUGUCAAAAAUGCAGCUGAAGCAGCAGUGACUGAAACUGAACAGAAAGGCAAUUAUCAACCGAAUCCUAAUUUACAAAAUCCAAAUUUUGAUGCCAAAAAUGCAGCUGAAGAAGCAGUACCUGAAUCUGUAACUUUAGAAUCUUUAAUUAUUAGUACCCUACUUCCUGAAAGUACGAAACAACCUUUAGGUACGGAGUCUGAAGGUAAUUAUAAAUCUAAUCCUAAUUUAGAAAAUACAGAAUUUGAUGUCAAAAAUGCAGUUGAAGAAGCAGUACCUGAAACUGAACAGAAAGGCAAUUAUCAACCGAAUCCUAAUUUACAAAAUCCAAAUUUUGAUGCAAAAAAUGCAGCUGAUGAAGCAGCAUCUAAAACUGAAACUGAACGGAAAGACAAUUAUCAACCCAAUUCUAAUAUACAAAAUACAGGAUUUAAUGUCAAAAAUGUAACUGAAAAAGAAGCAUUUGAACCUGAAACCGUUGAAUCUUACUUUUAGUAUGCAACUUCAAAUAAAUAUUUAUUUGGUAAAACAAAUAUUUAUUUGGUUCAAAUAAAAAAUUAUUUGGUAAAAAAAAAAAUAUUUAUUUAUAGUGUAAAUAAAAAUUAUUUUGUUGAAAUAAAUAUUUAUUUCGUUCAAAUAAAUAUUUAUUUGGUUCAAAUAAAUAUUUAUUCGGUUCAAGCAAAUAUUUAUUUGCUAAUAGUCAAAUAACCAAUUAUUCGAAUCAAAUAAAUUUUUUUCUCAUUUUUUUUUUUUAAUUUAAUUUAUUUUUAACAAAUAAAAUUGUAAAAAAAAAAUUUUAUUGUAAAUUAUUUUCAUUGUAACAUAUUUAUAUUAUAAAAUUAAAGAAAUUAAAU